AUGGGAAGUUACCGCUUCGAGCUAUCUAAUGGCCGUGCUGGCUGUCAGAACAAGGAGUGCAAGGAAAACGCCGUCAAAAUCCCCAAGGGUGAGCUUCGCGUUGGAUCUUGGGUCGAAAGUGAAAAGUUCCAGUCCUAUCAGUGGCGCCACUGGGGCUGCACCACGCCAAAGGUGAUUGAGAACAUCGCCAAUGCCUGGGAGGAGAUGCGUUCCAAUGAAACCGACUACGAUGUGCUCGAUGGCUACGAGGAUCUGCCCGAUGCUUUGCAGUUGAAAAUUCGCACUGCCCUGGCCGAGGGUCACGUCGCUGAUGAUGAUUGGAAGGGCGAUGUCGAGGUUAACCGCCCUGGCUGCACUGGAUUCCGCAAACGCGCGCCCCGCGGCAAGAAUGUCAAGGCAGAGAAGGUUUCUCACGAUCAGCCGAUGCCCACCGUCGAGGGCUCUGACGCUAAUGAUGACGUCGAACCCUCAGGGAAGCCGAAGCCCAAGCCGAAGAAGGCUGCCGCAAAAGCUGUCGCCGAGUCUAGCAAUGACGCCGAUGCCUCUGAGAAGGCUAAGCCCAAGACUAAGAGGGCCCCUCGCACCAAGAAAGCAGCCGUCAAGGAGGAUUCCGAGGCUAGUAGUGAUCACGAAGUGGAAGAGCGGAAGCCUGCUGCCAAUAUAAAGAAGCCUCGUGCCAAGAACACCGCUGCCGAUGCGGACCCUGAUGCGGAGCUCAAGAAGCGCGGCCGUCCCUCCAAGAAGCCUGCCACUGAUGCUCCUGCUCAGCCCGCCAAAAAGGGCACAAAGCGCAAGACUUCCGGCGAAGAGACCCAGGACGCCGAGCCCGAGAAGCCCAAGCGUGGUCGUGGCAAGGCCGCCAAGACCAACUCUGCCCAUGAUGAUACUGAGACUUCUGUCCCCGCCAAGCCCAAGCGUGGCCGGAAGAAGGCUUCCUCGGAUUAA